AUGGACAACAACAUUUUAUAUCCUACCGCCAGCAAAGCAUCCCAGCGAGGCAUGCGCAGGUUAUCCAGUCAAAAUGCCCAACGGGCAGAUUUAUUUGGUGGACCUGCUGUUGUCGCUCCACCGCAACAUAUGGACGUCCACAGCCAUGCCAACUCGACUGCCCGCGCCAUGGAGAUGGCGAAGCAUCACUUGGCCGAAUCAUCACCAGCAAUCACCCCUCCUGAAUCGGGAGCUACUACUCCUGAUGACGGCAGUAGCAUGAGCACAACUGACAAGUACGCUUUCGCCUUUGACAUAGACGGCGUGCUCAUCAAAGGGGGCAAGGUUAUUCCCGAGGCCAUUGAGGCCAUGAAAGUUCUCAAUGGCCAAAAUGAAUACGGCAUCAAAGUCCCUUACAUUUUCGUCACCAAUGGUGGUGGGAAAACUGAAGAGGAACGAUGUAUCCAGCUCAGCAACCAACUCCAAAUGGAGGUGUCGCCCGGCCAAUUUAUCUGCGGACACACCCCCAUGAGAGAAAUGGCUGAGAAGUAUCACACCGUCCUUGUUGUAGGUGGUGAAGGCGAAAAAUGUCGCAACGUGGCCAAGGGCUAUGGCUUCAAAGACGUCAUCACCCCCGGAGACAUCAUCAAAGACAACGAAGACACCACGCCCUUCAGAAAACUGACAGAUGAAGAGCACCGAAACUCCAACAUUCGAAAUUACGGGGAAAUCGAGAUUGAGGCGGUCUUCGUGUUCGCCGACAGCAGAGACUGGGCCGGAGACUCUCAAAUCAUCCUCGACCUCUGCAUGAGCAAGAAUGGUCGUCUGGGUACCAGAUCAGAAACCUUUGAUGAAGGUCCACCGGUGUUUUUCUCUCAUAACGAUGUGGUCUGGGCGACAUCUCACACCUACUCCCGCAUCGGCAUGGGAGCACUACGGGCGUCUCUCGAAGCCAUGUUCAAAGCCAUUACCGGAAAGGAGUUGAAGACCAUCGCAUUCGGCAAGCCUCAAGUGGGAACAUUCCAAUUCGCCACCAGACUACUUCGGCAAUGGCGGAAAGAUACCCACGGAAUUGAUCGACCUCCGGAGACGGUCUACUUUGUGGGCGACACCCCAGAAUCGGACAUUCGAGGCACCAACGAAUUCGACGAAUCAGGCGAUUCCGAGGCGAGAUGGUACUCCAUCUUGGUCCGAACUGGGGUCUUUAGAGAAGGCACUCGGCCCACGUACAUGCCCAAGAUGACGGUGGACAACGUCCUUGAAGCAGUCAAGCAUGGGAUGAAGAGGGAAUUCGACAAGGCGAUCAAGGAUCUGACGAUAGGCGGCGCAGCGCCCCAGCUGGCCAACGCCAUCGUUGAGGACGACCGGGUCGAAGCCACCACUGUCGAACCAACCACGACGACCGCACAAUAA